UUCUGACCCUGACUGCUGAGCUAAUAAUAUAUAAUGAUAAGAGAGCGGGGGGAGGGGGGCACGCUGAGCUGGUAACAAGGGUAUAAAAGAGACAGGACGAAAAGACAAAGUACACAACUUGUCCAGAAACCAGACCGCAACCAUACAGAAUGUCUCAGCCAGAGGUCAAGAAGAAGAAGCGGCCAGUUGUAAAAGAGGAGGAUCUGAAAGGAGCCCGCAGUAAACUGGGGCUGAAAGGAGAAGUCAAGAGCAAGACAUAUGAGGUCAUGGUCGAGUGUGAGCGCAUGGGGAAGGUGGCGCCGUCUGUGUUCAGUGGAGUUCGGUCUGGAGGAGAGACGGUGCUCGAGAAACCCAAACCUCCAUCAGGAAGCGUGUUUGGCAAAUGAUGAAUGGACAAAUGCUCUGUAAUGUGGAUAUUGAUGUUGCAUAUUUACAAGUAUUAGUGUGUGUUUUUAUACUGUUUGAUGUUGCUAUAUGUUUCUCUCAAAUUGCCCUUGAAAAAUGUAUGUGCUAGUUUCUAGUGUCAUGUUUUCUAUAUAAAACAUUUCCUAAAUGCA